CUGCCCUCCCCUGUCCAGGAGAGCAUAAGAAGGCACCCUGAUGAGUGGGUCUCCCACAGGACCCUCGGGGCCAGAGACAGGGCCAGAGCUCACUCACCACCUCCCGCCACCAUGAAGCUCACUGUUACCCUCGCCCUGGUCAUUCUGACUCUCUUCUGCAGCCCUGCUUCUACAGAGGUCUGUUCAGGCCUUCUAGAGGUCAUUAAAAACCUCUUCGUGGGCACACUUUCCAGUUAUGAGGCUGCACUUGAACCUUUCAACCCUGACAAAGACGAGAAAGACUGGGGGAUCCAGACGAAGAUGCUGGUGGACACCCUGCCCCAGAAGGCCAAGGACAGCAUGUUAAAGUUCAUGGACAAAAUAAUAAAAAGCCCACAGUGUGCUUAGGAUUUAGAAGCUGAAGACCUCCACCCUCUGAGGCCCCUGCCACUCCGCGGACACUUACUUCACUCCACCUCCACCAGCCCCACCUGGUUCCCAUCAAUAAAGUACCAGUAUCUCA